UGGAGACCACUUCACUCAACCCUCCUUGAGACCAAACUGACUGUCAAGGUCUCUAGAUCGCAUAGCCGGUCAAUUAUUCUGCAUCAACGCUCAUUUCACCUCCAGUUGAGGGCGUCAAUGGUCGCUCUCAUGGUGAUAAAUUCCUGCAUUUGCAAUUCACUUUAAAUCUUUCCUUCUCUCCCAACAACUCCCAAACAAUGAGAGGACUGACACUCUCCCAACUCACCCAUGCCCCUCUCACGAAAACCUGCUGAAGCCUUUGUUCUCUGUAGCCAUGUCGGAGUUCAUUGAUAUCCUGCAGGAGAUCCAACGAAGCCCUCAAGGACAACAUGUCUUCUGUCCACGUCAGAAUGAUGAGGACCUAGAUCGCUACGAGGAUUCACGGCAGAGACAACAAUCUAGCGCCAACUCCAAGGACAAUGUCAACACCAACACCGAUCCAGAUCGAUCUGCCCGUAUCGAGGCCGCCAAAGUCCGUCGCAAAAGAUUCGUGUCAUCUCUCCAACUUCUGGCAUACGAUGGAGAUGAGAGUGAACAAUAUCAGCGCUUCAUAUGGGAUACUCUUGACACUUCAUUGGGAAAAUGCGAUGUUUGCAUCCUGGAAUAUUACAUGGAAAAGGUCGAUUUUGUUGCAGCAUUGAAGAUGGACUAUGAAGAGUCAGACAUCAAGACAUUUCUUGACAUCAUCAACAGAAGAGAUAUCAUCCGCAUCAACCGCGGUUUGAACGCCAUGGAGCAGGUCCUUGAGAAGACUCCAGAGGAACGCCGAGGUCCGAGAGUCAUCGACACCAGACACAUGCAUGCACUUUACGAAGCACUCGUCUGCGAUGCUUUCCUGCAGGCCGAGGACCACGUUCACAAAAACUUCGACCCUCCAUUCAAGAUGUUGCAGACGAAAAAGCCUCUCAAGAUCCGAGAAAUUCUCCCGGCCACAGUCAAAUUUCUCUUCGACCCACAACCAAUCCGACUGUCCUGGGCUUCAAACUUUUGGACCAAACUCGAACGAAACCCAACCGACCUUGAGUGGGACUUUGCCAUCAAGAAUUAUGUGGAAGAAAGGCUUCAGAGGGCCAGUGAUCCUGCCGACAUUACCAGACUUUGGAGUGGCCUGAAGAUGAUCGUGAGCAGAUUGGACGAGAAGACGAUUGUACACAACCUUUUUGCAUUGGAGCCCAACAUUGCAGAGACAUCCCUGAAUCAUUUGACAAAGCGGACUUUGGCAACCCCUUUCAUCGUUCAGACAUGGAAAGCCAUUCUUGACACCGCACCAGACGCUUUUUGGCAAGGGAUGGGCAGGAUCCCCUCCCAUACCAUCGUGGAAACCGUCUUCUCUAGCCAUCAGUUCAACAAGUAUUUACAGGACUCGGCUUCAAAGUCUGCACCCGCCGACGUGGACGUGUUACAAUGGAUUCCGGCCUUUCUCAAGUCUCUCAGACCUGCACAUCGUCCCAUGGCUGCACAGACACUGGUCAAUCAACUCUUCGAAAGAAUUGAUGAUGAGAACUUAGCCAUCGCUGGUCGAACAGCUUGUUUCGACAUGGCCGUCAAGGUUAUCUAUCAAACUUUAGUGAGCUUUGCAGAUAAUGAAGAAGACCGUCAUUCCGUCGAGCGUCUCGUUCUCUCCGAUACACUCAAUUUGAUUGGUCGUCGACUGGAUCAGAUCCUCAAGCCCGCGAGCCCUGCGCUUGCCGGCUCUCUCUCACAAGAAACAAAGAAAAGAACGAUUCAAGUUGUCAAAAACUCGCUAGCUUUGGAAUGCCAGUUUCUCAAGUCCGAUUUUGAGACAUUGACAAACAAUCAGUCGUUGAAGCAUGAGUCCAGCUCUUAUACUCCUGAGAUCUGGACAGCAGUGAUCAAAAAUUUCGACAAUGAUUCAUUGGAGCUCUCCUCCGCCGUUCUCCUGGGGACUAUGUCACUUCCUGGACUGGAACAAUUUCGCAUCAAAGAGGGCAGUGCUCUUGAAAGGGAGAAGAAAUCCUACAACAUUGUAUAUGAGAAAUUGGUGGGCAUGUUUGCCAAAAUCUUGGAACAGAUUGCAGAACUCCAACCCAUCCAUCUUGACUCGCUCUUCAGAGCUCAAAACACGAGCAUGGCCUUGAUCGCGGCCCUGUUCUCUCCCGACGACAACACGUACGAGGCUGCCAUCGAUCUAAUCAAGAACAUUAGUGGCGAAUCGGGCAGGAAGGAAGCAUUGGCACAUCUCAUCGAGGCUUUUCUGGCAACCACAAUCUACGGCAUUUGUUGGACGUAUCGACGAAUCGCCAAUUACCGCACUUUUUCUUCGGUACCCCGAAUGCUCAAGACCGGCAUGGAAAUCCUCGACGUGCUCUGUAACUCGACAGAUGGACAGCUCCGCAAAGCCAAACUGGAACGCCGUGAUCUGAAUGCUGUGCACAGCUACUGGUCUUAUUCAUGGCUGGCCUUGCGAGUUGUGUUUAGCCAGACGGAAAAGUGGUCCAUUGAAGUCCGCGGCAGGGAUAUCAUGAUUGAAGUCUGUCGUGAUGCGAUGCAAUAUGCCCAAGCACUUUUCAAUCAGUACGAUCUAUUUUCCAGCGUCCUGGGCACUGCCAGGCACGAAGGUGAAAAGGAUGUUCCAACUUGGUUGCUGUCCCCCAAGACCAAAUCAUUUGGCUCUCCUUCGAGCGCACUUGAUGCUAUGGCCAGGUGGCUCAGGCUACGUGAUGAGUACCUUGCUGACACGUUGGUUUCGCUGAUCACAAAUAUGCUUUACCAGCUGAAGCGACAUGAAGCCCUAGCUCCCGACAAUGAUGGGCUCACCUAUGUCCAGGAAGUCGCAACAAAAUCCUCGAUCAAGACCAUAUUAUCGCCCGCUCAGAAAGCUCGCCUUGUUCGUGCUCUCGAACAUUAUUUUGGUAGGCAGAUCGAAAAGCCUGCUGUCAAGAAGAAACAAGCUAGUCUCAAUCUCCAAAGUUGGACUGAUGCAGCCACAUUAUCUCGGUCAGAAGCCAACACACCCAGUGCUAAUGAGGAAUUCGGCGAUGAUGACAUCUCCGACGAUCAACUUGUCGAAAUUGCAAGCAAAACCCUCGAUAGGCAGAAAUCAUUGGUCACAAUCGAGGAGAGGAAGACGGUCAAAUCCUCUCUCACUCAAACUUCAGCAACCAAGCCAAAGAUACCCUCAAUUGCGGAGACCCAGGCCAAGAAAGCAGAGCAAGCCAAACAGUUCCUCGAGAAUCGCAAGCGCGAGGAGGCAGCGCGCAAGGCUCGGGAUAGAGAGGCAGCCCUCAAACUUCGUGCACAAACCGGCAUCAACCAACAGACUACAGGACAGGGCUCGGGCCUGGCAGGCCUUGGCUAUCAAGGCAAAGACCAUUCUACUGUUACAAGUCAUUUGAUGGUCUCUUCAGACUCAGAAUCAGAAUCAGAGUCCGAGGACGAACUCUUCGGCAAUCUCCGCCAACGUGGUCCUACUGUCCGUUCGUUGGCUGGCGCGAGAAAGGGUCUACCAGCCGGACCUGUUCGCAAGGUCAAGCAAGUCCGAUCGCAGAAGGAUAUGAGGGCGAGAUUGGCGCCAGAUCUCAGUGACCUGCACAAGACUAUUCUUGCUUGGGACUUCUUUGCAGACACAGACCUUCCACCAAAUUCUGCCAAGGAUGACUACACCCUAGUCACCAACACUUUCCGCACUGUGCAAGACUAUCAGAAGACUUUCGAGCCCCUUCUAGUUCUUGAAGGGUGGCAAAGCUUUCGCUCUGCUCGUGAGGAAGGUAACUUCAAACCUUUUGAGGUCAAGGUCGCAAAUUCGUUGAUCAUUGACAAUUUCUUCGAGGUCAAUUCCCAAAUGUCGUUCAGUGAAGGCAAAGACUUGGGAAUUGGUGUUUCAGAUGUGGUGCUAUUGUCCAAGUCAAAGAAUCCAGACCAAAACCCAGGUGAGCCACAUUGUCUCGCCAGGGUUAAAGAAAUUACCAGAAAAAAAGGCGAGGUUCAAGUCGUAUAUCGGGUCAGUGCAUCGAAUAAUAGCUUGAGACCUUUCCUCAACGACAAGGCAGUUGUCUACGGAGCUCAGAUUCUCUCUCUGACCCCCUUGGAGAGAGAAUAUGGUGCAUUGAUGGCACUACCAUACUACGACUUGUGCGAUGAAAUCAUUUCAGCCAAGCCAUCACCUAUUCUCGAUUAUUCCGAGUCAGAAUUGAAGCCGCUCACGAUGAGAUAUGAAGUGAAUUUGGCACAGGCUAAAGCGGUCAAGUCUGCUCUUGAGAACGAUGCCUUCACCCUCAUCCAAGGACCUCCUGGCUCCGGAAAGACAAAGACCAUUUGCGCCUUGGUUGGUGCCAUGAUGACUGCCCACGAACCCAAAGCCAUGAAUGGCCGCCCUCCUGGUAACUCGUUGUCCAGAACUGCUUCAGCUACGACGAAAAAAAUUCUGGUCUGUGCACCGAGCAAUGCAGCGGUCGAUGAACUAGUCAUGAGAUUCAAGGCUGGAGUUACCCUUCUUGAUGGUACGCAUCAGAAGUUGUCUGUUGUCCGUCUAGGUCGGAGUGAUGCUAUCAACACCAAUGUCAAGGAUGUCACCCUUGAAGAACUUGUCAAUGCAAAACUUCAAACAGCUGCUCCAAAGGGGCCAAGUGAAGACAUACAUUCAAUUAUGAUGGAACACAAGGCUGCCUCCGAGGAACUAAACACUCUUCGCGAUCGCAUUAGUGAACAACGGAGAGAUGGCAAAGUGGUUUCCCCCACCGAUGAACAACUCAUGGAUGGUCUCAAACGUAAGAAAAAUGCUCUGAGUACGCAAAUCGACAACAUGAGAGAGAAACAGAACACUGCCAGUCGAGAUAUGGAGCUGAGCAGGAAGAGGAUUCAACAAGAAGUAUUGGACUCUGCGCAGGUACUCUGUGCCACCCUCAGCGGCAGCGGUCACGAAAUCUUUCAAUCGCUCAACGUCGAAUUUGAAACUGUCAUCAUUGAUGAGGCGGCCCAGUCGAUUGAGCUGUCUGCACUCAUUCCGUUGAAAUAUGGCUGUUCAAAAUGCAUUUUGGUCGGAGAUCCGAAACAACUACCACCAACAGUGUUAUCUCGACAAGCUGCUAAGUUCCAGUAUGAGCAAAGUUUAUUUGCCCGCAUGGAGAACAACCACAAGAAAGACGUGCAUUUACUCGAUACUCAGUAUCGUAUGCACCCUGACAUCAGCCUUUUCCCGAGCAGAACGUUUUACGAUUCAAGGCUCAAGGACGGGGACCGAAUGGCCGCACUUCGUCGACGACCCUGGCAUAACAGCGAGAUAUUGGCUCCAUAUCGAUUUUUCGAUGUCCAAGGAAUAAGUCAGGCUGCGAGCAAAGGCCACUCAUUGAUCAACGUCGCAGAAUUGAAUGUUGCCAUGCAAUUGUACGACAGACUGAUAACCGAUGUUCCGAAAUACAAUUUUUCGGGCAGAAUUGGCAUCAUCACACCCUACAAAGGGCAGCUGAAAGAACUCAAGUCACGCUUUCAAAGACGAUACGGAGAUAGCAUUACCUCAAAGAUCGACUUCAACACCACGGACGCUUUCCAAGGUCGAGAGAGCGAAAUCAUCAUCUUCUCUUGUGUCAGAGCCUCAACCCAAGGAAUCGGUUUCUUGAACGAUAUUCGUCGAAUGAACGUCGGUCUUACACGAGCCAAGUCGUCUUUGUGGGUGCUAGGCAACUCUCAAGCCCUUGUCCAAGGCGAAUUUUGGCGUGCAUUGAUCAAUGACGCCAAGUCAAGGAAUCGUUAUACUGAUGGGGACGUCAUCAGUCUACUGAGGCGACAGCUUCUGACCGAGGAUAUGAUGAAGGAUGAUAUUGACAUGGACAUGGGCGAGCCAGUCGUGGAGCCUAGAGACGCAUCCUCAGCGCCUUCAGUCGAGAGACCCUCCUCAUUGGGAUCCUCCCGCGAAACAUCACCACCACCAAUGCCUGCUCAGAAACCAGUACCCAAAGCAGUUACAUUGCCAGCAACCACUGUUCAGCCACCCUUGCGAUCAAGCAGCAAGCAUUCUAAACAGUCCCCUGGUUCAUCUUCACUCGCAAACCCCAUGCGAAAAGACUCCACAACCUCCGAGUUAGGUCAAAAGGCGCCUCGCCAGGAAGUCAAGGUCUCUCGCCCAAUGCUCUCGAAGCCUUCCACUGGAGCAGCUUCUGAUCCGCAAUCAGAUCUAAGAGAGCGCAGGUCGAGUAUGCAAGUAGACCUGGGCCCCUCUGGAGGACGGUUGGGACUUGAUACAACAGCCAAUUGCAAGUUCUGUGGCUCAAGUGACCAUUUCACCUCAAAUUGCGAUAACCCUGAUGCCCUCCACAUGGCCAAAGGAACAUGCAAUCGAUGCCAGGAACCUGGCCACACGCCAAGCACAUGUUACCAUCCUAGAUGUAUGAACUGUGGAGAGAUAGGCCAUUGGGUUGAGGAUUGUCCCGUCCCUCGAUCCAAACAACUCGAUGGUGGUGCUCGACUUCGAGUGAGCAAGGAGGAGAGGAGAUAUCGUGAAGCCCGCGAUCGUUCCAGCCAGAGACGGGUCCAAAGACAGGACCGGGAAGAUGCAAUUCCGAUGGUCAAGGCCAGCCUGCCUUCAAUUCCUCUUAAUGAAAGCAAGCGAAAGAGGGAAGAGACAGGGUUUGAAGGAAAAUAUCCGAAAAUCACUCGGGUCGGUGAUGUCGGCCGUUCAGAUCUACUGAAUAAUGUCCAUCAUGCAAACCAGAAUGGCAGCACACAACAGCCUCCAAAGGGACCAGCCGGGUUUCCUCCAACAGGCCCGAAUCAUCGUCCAGGAACCAUGAGUAACGGCCAACCGAUGGUACGAAGAAAGAAAGCUAACGCUGACGCAAUGUUCGUGAGGAGAAAAUGAGCAUUUUCAUGAAGCAAAUAAGGAGUAGUACAUACUUUACUUGAUAGUAUGUACCGUACUACUACCUACUCUAUACUUACCUCUAGUAGGUACUAGGUACUUACUCCAGUAGGUACUAGGUACUUACUAGGUAGUAUAGUACCUAGUAUCUUAUUUAGACUAAGGUAGGUACUACCACCUAUAGUAGUACUACAUGCUAUAUAGCACUGGAAUUCAGUAGUCC